AUGGCGCUUCAACGAUUUGCACUGGGAAUUCAAAUGCAAUUGUUGUCUUUCCGAUAUCGAAAUAUCGUCACAGAUAUUAGUUUUAGCAUAUCCGCAGCUGGAAAACAAUGGAAAACUCCUAACAAAGAGCAGUUUAAUGAACACAAUGUAAUUGUAGAUACAGAUCUAGGGGUGUGUCGCAAUUCUUUGUCAUGUGCUCUGAAGAAUUGCAGUGAUUCGAAAUCCCUGGAUGAAGGCAGGAAGAUUCAUACAAAAGUCUUAAAAUAUGGAUUUGAUCAAGAAAGUGUUUUAGGUAAUAAACUACUGAAUAUGUAUGCAAAAUGCGGUUGUAUGGAGGAUGCGUGCCAAGUGUUUGACAAAAUGUCCGAACGAAAUGUUGUUGGGUGGACUGCUUUGAUUGUAGGUUAUGUGCAACAGGAUCAAGGAAAGAGUGCUUUAGAAGUAUUUGGGCAAAUGCAAGAGGUUGGCAUUGAUCUGGAUGCUUAUGUUUUUACCAGUGUUUUCAGAGCUUGCGGUCUCAUAGGCGGUCUGGAGGAGGGCAAGCAGGUUCAUAGUCUGUUAACUAAAACUGGGUUGGAAGAGGAUGUUUAUGUUGGAAGUGCUCUUGUUGAUAUGUAUGUAAAAUGCGGUGAGUUAGCAGAUGCACGGUGCAUGUUUGACAAAAUGCCUGAACGAAAUGUGGUUUCGUGGACUACAAUGAUUGCAGGUUAUGGUGGCAAAGAAGCCUCUAGACUGUUUUAUCAGAUGCUAUGGGAAGAUGUAAGGCCAGAAGAGUUUGUUCUUGCGAGCGUUUUGAGUGCUUGUUCAGAGGCAAUGCAUUUUGGGAAGCAGGUUCACAGUUUUGCUGUUAAAAUUGGUGUUGAGUCAUUUGUCUGUGUUUUUAAUUCUCUUGUUAAUAUGUAUGCUAAAUGUGGACACUUAGAGGAUGCAUUUAAAUUGUUUGACAGACAACGCGAUCGGAAUCUGGUGUCGUAUACUAGUAUGAUUUGUGGGUAUGCUCAGCAGGGCUGCAAGGUUAAAGCUUUGAUGCUUUUUUGUCAGAUGCAAGGCGUAGGGAUAAGGCCAGAUGAGGUAGUUUUUGCUAGUGUUCUGUGGGCAUGCAUAGAUCGAGGAGCAUUAGAACAUGGCAAACAGCUGCAUGGUUUCCUCAUAAGAAAUUGGUUUGAUCAAAAUUUUUCAGUCAGGACUGCUCUAGUUACCAUGUAUAUCAAAUGUGGACGCCUAGAAUAUUCACGGCUAGUGUUUGAUAAAACCCAAAUCCCAGACGUGACCUCCUGGAGUGCAAUUAUCGCAAGAUAUUUGCAGGAUGGACAUUGUGUAGAGACCUUGAAACUUUUCUCUGAAAUGCAAGGGAUGUGCACUGAGCGAGAUGAGCUGACCUUUGCAAGUGCAUUGUGGGCUUGUGCUAGCCUUCGAUAUGCUCAACAAGGGAAGGAGAUCCAUGCUCAAGCUAUGAAAUUUGGAUUGGAGAUUUAUUCUGCUGUAGGUAACGCUCUUGUUAGCAUGUAUGCCAAGUGUGGAAGCAUAAAGCAUGCCCGCCUGACAUUUGAUAAAAUACGAGAGUCAGAACGGAAUGUUGUUUCAUGGGGUGUAAUGACUGCAGAAGAGGUACAUUGUGGGAACUGGGAGGAGGCUUUGAGAUACUUUUACCAAAUGUUACGAGCAGGAAUAAAACCAGACCAGUUUGUUUUUACUUGCGUUUUCAGGGCAUGUACCGGCAUACAAAAUCUAGAUCAGGGGAAAAAAAUUCGUGCUCAUAUUAUGAAAUUGGGAUUUGAAUCAGUCGUAUGUGUAGGAAGUGCCAUUAUUGACAUGUAUGCUAGAUGUGGAAGCCUAGACGAUGCGCGCCAAGUAUUCAACCAGAUGUCUGAACAAAAUUUGAUCUCAUGGACUACGAUGAUUUGUGGCUAUGCACAAAAUGGGCGGGGCAUCCAAGCUCUCAAACUCUUUGAGGAAAUGGUACAGACAGGUCCAAUGCCCGACCAUAUUACUUUUGUGGGUGUUCUCUCUGCAUGUAGUCAUGCAGGUCUCGUUGAGGAAGGUUUUCACUAUUUUCAGUCCAUGAGCCAGGAUUAUCACGUUACUCCGACGAUGGAGCAUUAUGCCUGCAUGGUUGAUCUUCUUGGGCGUGCUGGGUGGCUAGAUCAAGCAGAGGACUUCAUUAAUAAAAUGCCAUUAGAACCUGAUGCUGUUGUAUGGGGAGCAUUCUUAAGCGCUUGCAAAAUCCACGGGAAUUUUAAGCGGGCAAAACAUGCAGCAGAACGCCUUCUUUAUCUGGAACCACAAUGUGCAGGAGCACAUGUACUAUUGUCAAAUAUGUAUGUACAAGCUGGAAUGUGGGAUGAUGCAGCGCAUGUGAGAAAAUUAAUCAAAGAUAAAGGAUUACUAAGACAACCAGGAUGCAGUUGGAUUCAAGUCAAGGAUGAGAUGUAUACGUUUCUUGCAGAUGACAGAUCACAACCACAGGCAGCACUAUGGAGACAUUGA